UCUUUAUUUUUUUUUCCUCUUUGUUUAAUUGCGAUAAAAUAUAUAUAACAAAACUUGCUGUCUCGGGUAGGUGUGGUGUUGCACCAUUGUAAUCCCAGCACUCUGGGGGGCCAAGGCAGAGGACUCCAAGCUCAGCCUGAGCAAAUUAGUGAGACCCUAUGUCAAAAUAAAAGGCAGGGGGGUGCGUGUGUGGAGCUGUAGCUCAGUGUAAGGGCCUGGGUUCAAUCCCCAGUACUCCCAGAAUUAAAAACAAACUGACUCUCCUAGUGUUUGGGGGCUGCUGGUGAUGGAACUGGCCUAACACGCACCAGACUGGCUAGCUACACUAAGGCACUCCCAGCACGAAGACCAGCGUGUGACCUUCUGGAAAUGCCAGCCGAGUGGCAUUCAGUACACUCGUGGCACUGUGCAACCCUCACUUCUGCCAAGGCCCAGCACAUUUUCACCAUGAGUGGCAAUCCGGUACCCGUCAGGUCACCCAGUGCUCCCACCUGUCCCCAGCACCUGCUCCCCUGCCUCUGCCUCUGUUGAUCGCCCACCCUGGGGUUUCCUGCACACAGACCCCGUGUCACUUGUCACUGGCCUUCUCCCUGAGAGUGAUGCUUCGGGGUCCACUCUUUUUUGCAGCCUAGCCACCCCUUUUCUUCAGCCACAGUGCUUCACAGUGGGGAAACUGAGGCUGCACAGCACCACAUGGGGAGCUGGGCUGAAAGGCUCCGAGGCCCUGGGCUCCGAGCCCUUCGAGGGGACCCUAGUGGGGCAGGUGCAUCCCAUCCCAGCUUCCUGGCUAGGACUGUCGCUGCUCAGGCCUCCAUUUGCCCUGGGGUGUGUGAGUUGCACCCUCCUUAGAGCUGGAGUGGGGGCCUGGUCACCCAACACCCCAGUUGGGAGGGGGGACACUGAGCUUGCACACUUAGCGACACUGCAUCUCCAAAGACCAGGCCAGCAGUGGGGAGGCGAACCUAGGCCUGGGGUGAGCACAGAACCGUCCUGGGAGGUGGCUUCCAGCUGAAGAGGCAGGAAGGAGGGAGGAGCAGGUGGGGGGACAGAGGAGCAGAGGCUGCAAGGGCACAGACACAGGCUGGCACCACCAGGAAUGCUCUGUCCCCUGAACCUGUCCAUGGCCCUCUGCCACCCCAGAAAUGGCAGCAGCUAGGCCUGCCCUGGGCCGCGUCCUCCCAGGAUCGUCCAUCCUCUUCCUGUGCGACAUGCAGGAGAAGUUCCGCCACAGCAUUGCGUACUUCCCUGAGAUUGUUGCUGUGGCCGCACGGAUGCUCAGGCUCUGGCAUGGUCCCUCUCCCCUGCAGGCGUCCCAGCUGCUGGAGGUCCCAGCUGUGCUGACAGAGCAAUAUCCCCAAGGCCUGGGCCCCACGGUUCCGGAACUGGGUGGUGAGGGCCUCCAGGCCCUGAGUAAAACCUGCUUCAGCAUGGUACCUGCCGUGCAGCAGGAGCUGGACAGCCGGCCCCAGCUGCGGUCUGUGCUGCUCUGUGGCAUCGAGGCACAGGCCUGCAUCCUGAACACAGCCCUUGACCUGCUGGAUCGGGGGCUAGAGGUCCAUGUGGUGGUGGAUGCCUGCUCCUCUCGCAGCCAGGUGGACCGGCUGGUGGCGCUGGCCCGCAUGCGGCAGAGCGGUGCCUUCCUCUCCACCAGCGAGGGGCUCAUUCUGCAGCUUGUGGGCGAUGCCUCCCACCCCCGGUUCAAGGAGAUCCAGAAGAUCAUUAAGGAGCCCGCCCCGGACAGCGGGCUGCUGGACCUCUUCCAAGGCCAGAAGCCCCUCUUCUGACAACUCAGGACCCUGAUUUGAGGGGAGCCCGCCCUCCUGUCACCUCGACCUCGGUGGAAGCACUUUCCCCAUCCCUGGCUCCCAAGAUUGGUGCAAUCCACCUGGAGUACCGCCCUCUCAGGGGAAGGAGGUGUGGUUCUGCCUUCCCAUUGGGCAUCUGCUCCAGAAAUGCAAAUAGGACUCCUGGGGGCUGAGCAGGAAUUGGCUGAGAGCGAGGUAGAGGCGGGUCUCGGCCGCGGGCCACUUCAUGGGGCAGGGAGGGGAGGGGAAGUCACAGACUGUGGGAAGGCACUCGUGGAAUAAAUAUUGAUGUGGC